CCAAAACGCAAAGCCUGAAGAAUGCUGAAAAGAACUUAAAUGAAUCAAAAGUUCAUUUGGCAGAGAAAGAAGCAGCAUUGAAUAAUGCAAUGGAGGAACUGAGAAAGCUGCGUAUAUAUGCAGAGGCCAAAAAGAAAGAGCUGCAGCAACUUAAAACAGCCACAGAGCAAAUGUCCGAGAUGUUGGAAGAUACUGAAACUCUAAAGUUGCUUUUGGUGGAAAAAGAUAACAUGAUAAUGACUCUUCGAGACCAAAUUCAGACUUUAACGCGGGUGGUUGAACAGCAGAGCCAAAAAGUGGAUUCACUGGAAGCAGAGACGUCCCAACUCUUAGAGGAAGUAUUUCUAAAGAAUGCGUUUAUACAGGAAACUAAGGUUCUGGCAGAGAAGAAAGAAAUGAGAAUCCAUGAACUGGAAGAGAUGUGUAGGUUGUUAAAUAUGGAGAAAUGCAAACUGUCACAUGAAUGCAUUGAAAAGACUUGUGCAGCCAACAAGCUGAGGAAGGAAAGAAAGGAAAUUGUAGCUGAGCUCAGAGAAGCACAACGUGAGCUUGCAUGCCUAUCAGAUGAUUAUGAAAUACUAAAAAGGAAC